AUGCCUGCUAGAUUCGAUGAUGUAACAGCUAAAAAAGGCCGCAUGCCUACUCCACUGGAUCUAGAAUCCGAUCAAUCUACCUAUCAAAAAUUGCCGGAUGAAAUCGUUAUUUCUGGUAUAUCUGGACGUUUUCCAGAGAGUUCAUCAAUCGAAGAAUUCAAAGCGAAUCUAUUCAAUGGCGUCGACAUGGUAAACGAUGACCCAAGACGUUGGCCGAAUGGUUUACACGAUCUACCAAGUCGCCUGGGAAAAAUCAAAACAGACGAUUUGGAAAAAUUCGAUCUUCAAUUUUUCGGUGUACAUCAAAAGCUGGCGGAAUGCAUGGAUCCACAAAUGAAAAUGUUACUUGAAGCCACUCACGAGGCAAUCAUCGAUGCCGGUGUUAAUCCACAAGAACUACGUGGCACUCGUACCGGUGUUUAUAUUGGUGUAUCAAGUUCAGAAACCGAAGACUAUUUGCUAGCUGAUGCGAAUCGCGUCAAUGGCUAUGGAUUGAUUGGAUGUCAGCGUUCAAUGAUGGCCAACCGAAUUUCGUACAGUUUUGAUUUCAAAGGACCAAGCUACGCCAUUGACACAGCUUGUUCGAGUUCGUUGUACGCUUUGUCGCAGGCUUUUACCGAUAUAAAAAAUGGGAUAUGUGAUUCGGCCAUUGUUGGCGGUUCGAAUCUUCUUUUGAUACCGACCAUUUCAUUGCAAUUCAAUCGUUUGGGAAUGUUAAGUGCCAACGGAAAAUGCAAUGCAUUCGAUGAAAGUGGAUCUGGUUAUGUGCGAUCAGAUGGUUGCGCCGUGAUAUUUCUGCAAAAAACAAGUCGAGCUCGUAGAGUGUAUGCCACCAUUUUGAAUGUUCGCACAAACACCGAUGGUGGCAAAGAUAAAAGCAUUACAUAUCCAAGUGGCGAAAUGCAGUGUCGAUUGAUUGCGGAGACAUACGAUGAAAUUGGAUUGCAUCCUCGUGAUGUUGUUUAUGUCGAAGCUCAUGGUACUGGUACGCAAGUUGGUGAUUCACAAGAAGUCAAUUCGAUCACCGAUUUCUUUUGCAAAGAUCGUACGAAUCCAUUGCUGAUUGGUGCGGUGAAAUCGAAUAUGGGACACUCGGAACCAGCAUCCGGUGUAUGCUCAAUUGCCAAAGUUCUUUUGGCUAUGGAAGCCGGAGUUAUACCAGGAAACUUGCACUACAAAGUACCAAAUUCAGAUCUACACGGUAUUAUUGAUGGUCGCCUGAAAGUCGUUGAUCGUAAUACACCAUGGAAUGGUGGCAUCGUUGGUUUGAAUUCAUUCGGUUUUGGCGGCGCUAACGCCCACGUCAUCUUAAAAUCGAAUCGAAAACAAAAAACAAUGACUACAAACGAUCAAAUUCCACAUUUAGUUGUGGUGUCGGGUCGUACAAGGCAUGCUGUUAAUUUGCUUUUGGAAGAAAUCGAGAAAAAUGCAAACGACACAGAAUUCUUGAGUUUAAUUAAUGAAAUUCACUCCAAAAAUAUUCCAAUGCACAAUUAUAGAGGAUAUAUUGUCGUUAAUGGCGAUGCUGCCGACCCAAACAACCGUGAGGUGCAUGAAGUUCCGACUGAAAAACGACCAAUUUGGUUCAAUUACACCGGAUUUGGAACGCAAUGGGCCUGCAUGGCUAAAGAUUUGAUGGUUUUGGAACCAUUCAGAAACACGAUCAAUCGUUGUGCAGACGUUUUACGACCGUUUGGCUAUGAUUUGAUUGAAAAAAUUCUAAUAAAUAGUGAUGAAUCAACUUUUGAUCAUAUCAUAAACUCUGGUGUUUCGAUAAUUUCUGUUCAAAUUGCGCUAACCGAUGUUUUGGCGCACUUAGGGAUCAUUCCCGACGGAAUUAUGGGCGAAUCACUCGGCGAAAUUUCUUGUGGCUAUGCAGAUGGUUGUUCAACAUUGGAACAAGCUAUUUUGGCUACUUACUGGAUAGGUCGUUGUGUGAUUGAUAGUAAUUUACAGCCCGGAAUGAUGGCCGUUGUUAGUUUAUCAUGGGAAGAAGCUUUGGCUCGUAUUCCCGCUGACAUCGAACUUGUUUCUCACAUCGGUGAAAAAAAUGUUACCAUUUCCGGUUUACCUGAAUCCGUAACAAAAUUUAUGAAUGAGCUCAUUGCUGACGGUAUAUUUGCGCAAAAAAUCAAUUCAUCUGGCUAUGCAUUUCACUCUAAAUAUGUAGCUGCGGCUGCACCGGAAAUAAGAACAGCACUCGAAAAAAUCUUUCCAAAUCCACAACCACGGUCACCGAGAUGGCUGAGUACAAGUUUACGUGAAGAAGAUUGGUCAUCGCCAAUUGCACGAACAAAUUCGGCUGCAUAUCAUGUGAAUAAUUUUUUGUCAAAAGUCUAUGGACAAGAAACGUUACAGCAUUUACCAAAAAAUGCGAUUUGUAUUGAAAUUGCACCGGAUGUUAUGGCAGUAUCUGUUUUGAAGCGGUAUUUACGCGAUAAAGGCGUCGUUUUGAGCUUAAACAAGUCCGAACACCCAAAUAAUGCUGUUUUCUUUCUGCAAAACAUUGGAAAAUUGUAUGCAGCUGGAGCUCAACCACAAAUUUCCAAACUUUAUGAACCCGUUUCAUAUCCAGUAGGCCGUGGAACACCGAUGUUGAACUCGAAAAUCGGAUGGAAACAUGUCCAACGUUUUCCCAUUCGAAAAUAUGCAUCGAACGCGCCCACAACUGAAACGAUUGUUGAAGUAAAUCUAUCGAAACCGUCUGACUCCUAUUUGAUUGGUCACAAAAUAGAUGGUCGUAUAUUGUUUCCAGCGAGCGGUUACUUGACAAUGGUAUGGCGUGCAUUUGCCAAGCGAAAUAAUACCGAUUUCGAAAAAACUGCGGUCAUCUUUGAGAAUAUUGUUUUCCACCGUGCAACCAUUCUAUCAAAAGAUGGUUCCGUUAAAUUUGCCAUCAAUUUCCUAGAUGGAACUGGUCAAUUUGACAUCUGUGAAGGUAAUUCACUUACUGUAUCGGGUAAAAUUUCUGUUUUCGAUGACACGGUGCACGAAUCAUUAUCAUUGCCACCACUUGAACAAGAUAAAUCGGGACUUGCAUUGACCACUGACGACAUCUACAUGGAUCUAGGUCUUCGCGGUUAUGAUUAUGGUGGUAAAUUUUGUGGCAUCACCUUAUCCGAUUCAAAAGCUGUUGCUGGUAAAUUGAAAUGGCAAGAAAAUUGGGUUUCUUUCAUCGAUACUAUGUUCCAAUUUUGUAUUCUGGGCAGAGAUUUACGUGAAUUAUACGUGCCCGUUCAUUUUGAACGUAUUUCUAUCAAUCCAAUCAAACAUCUAGAGAUUGUUCAAAGUGGCACCGACGUACCAAUUUAUAUGUAUAAAAAUUUGAAUAUUUUUAAUGCGGGUGGUGUUGAGGUGCGUGGUUAUAAAUUUGCAUUAGCUCCACGUCAUUCAGGCACUUUUCAUCCACCCACAUUGGAACGAUAUAUUUAUGUACCGCUCAAUAAUGCCGACGAAGAUUUGGGAAAUACGGUCGAAGUGGCACGUUUGAAUGCAAUCACGGCUGCCACACACUUGGCCAUUGAAAACAGUGGUGGUGCAUUCAAGAUCAAAGUGACCGAUGUUGUUGAAGGUAAAAAGAUCGAAACAACACUUGCGAAAAUAAUUGAAAGUAUAAUCGAAAGUGAACCACAAUUAACCAGCGAAAUAGCAUAUGUGACAAGUCAAUCGAAGAAUGAGUAUGAACACGUUAUUGUCAAAGAUCCAAGAACUGGUCCGGUUGAAUCAAACAGUCAUUUGAUUGUUGCGUACGACGUCAUCGCACGUACCGAUGCCACGAAUAUUUUGAGGAAUCUCAAAGCAUCGAUUCGUGAAAAUGGUUUUAUUUUGCUCGAGGAGAAUAUUUUCGAUUAUGACAAAACCAAACCGAAGAAGCUAUUUGCUAACCUCAAUUUGGCGAUAGUUUCACUGCAAUGCGCAACAGAUAAAUACUAUGUCUUGUUGCGUCCACGAAUCGAUAUCAACGCUCGAAAUAAAUUGGUUAUUUAUCUCACCGAAAGCGAUUUUUCCUACGUCGAACAAUUAAAGUCAGCUUUUGCUACGGCCGAAGAAGACGGCACUUAUGUAUACAUUGUUGCACAAGGCGAACAACUAUCGGGUGCUUGCGGUUUUAUGAAUUGUUUAAAGCUUGAAAAUGGCGGCCAAUUGGCACGGUUAUUCUUCAUUCAAAAUGAUGAUGCUGAGGGAUUUUCAUUUACAAACAAAGCAUAUGAGGAACAAUUGAAAAUGGAUUUGAUGUUUAAUGUGUAUAAAAACGGUGAAUGGGGAACGUAUAGACACUUGAAAUUGAAUUGUGCGUCAAACAAAAACUCGGUGCGUCAAGUUGAACAUGCUCAUGUGGACACAUUAACCAAGGGUGAUUUGACGAGUUUGUCAUGGAUCGAAAGCCGCUUGACCUGUCAAAUGCCUGACCCGAUGGAUAAACGAGUUGAAUUGUGUUCGGUGUAUUAUGCACCAAUCAAUUUUCGUGACGUCAUGUUAAGCACUGGAAAAUUGGCCAUUGACGCAUUGCCAGGGAAUUUACCUACUCAUGAUUGUAUCCUUGGACUGGAGUUUUCGGGACGGGAUUCGAGUGGAAAACGUAUAAUGGCCAUGGUUGAAGCAAAAUCACUGGCAACAACUUGUGUCGCCCAACGGAAUAUGAUGUGGGAAGUUCCAAGCGAUUGGACUAUGGAAGAAGCAUCAACUGUUCCAUGCGUCUAUUCAACGGUCUACUAUGCUCUGGUGGUCCGAGGAAAAAUGAAAAAAGGUGAAUCGAUUCUAAUUCAUGCUGGUAGCGGUGGUGUUGGUCAAGCAGCAAUUCGUGUCGCUUUACAUCAUGGAUUGACCGUCUACACAACAGUUGGUAGCAAAGUAAAACGUACAUUUUUGAAAAAGACAUUUCCACAAUUGACGGAUGCUCACAUUGGAAAUUCGCGUGACACAUCAUUUGAGCAAUUUAUUAGGAAUGCCACGAAUGGCAAAGGUGUCGAUUUAAUACUAAAUUCACUUGCUGAUGAAAUGCUGAAGGCGUCAGUUCGCUGUUUGGGUCUGAACGGUCGAUUCUUGGAGAUCGGAAAGUUUGACUUGAACAAUAAUUCACCGCUGGGCAUGUCGGUGUUCUUGAAGAACACCUCAUUUCAUGGUAUUUUAUUGGACAGUAUCAUGGCCAGUGAUGACGGAACAAUUGAAACUGUUGUCGAUUUGGUUGCUGAAGGUAUUAAAAACGGAGCCGUUCGACCAUUGCCCACGACUGUUUUUAGUGACAAACAAGUUCAGCAAGCGUUUCGUUUUAUGGCCGGCGGCAAGCACAUUGGUAAAGUCGUUAUUAAAGUGCGCAACGAGGAAUUUCGAGCCGCGCAAAAGCCAGUACCAAAACAAAUUGCUGCCAUUCCACGAACUUAUUUUCACAGUGAAAAAUCGUAUGUGUUAGUCGGAGGGUUGGGUGGACUUGGCUUGGAAAUGGCCAAUUGGAUGGUAAAACGUGGUGCCACCAAAUUGGUAUUGACAUCACGUAGUGGUGUUAAGACUGGUUAUCAAUCACUAAUGAUUCGUCGUUGGAUCGAAAAGGGUGUUAAUGUUUUAGUUGAUACAAAUGACAUAACAACACUGGUGGGAGCGGAGAAUUUACUAAAAGAAGCCAACAAAUUGGGACCAGUCGCUGGAAUUUUCAAUUUGGCUGGUAUUUUGCGUGUUAAUUUAUUGAAAAAUCAAACAGAAGACGAUUACAAAGCGGUUUGUAUGCCAAAAAUCAAUGGGACCAAACAUUUGGAUACUGUUUCACGUGAGCUAUGCCCCGGAUUGAAGCAUUUUGUCUGCUUUUCAAGUAUAGCCAGCGGACGAGGUCUUCGUGGACAAACAAAUUAUGGUUUGGCCAAUUCAGCCAUGGAACGAAUUUGUGAAAGUCGACAAGCUGCUGGAUUACCUGGAACAGCGAUACAAUGGGGAGCCAUCGGAGACACUGGCAUGUUUAUCAAUCAUACAGGCGACAAUGACUCGGUUUUUGAAGGUGUACUACCACAACGUAUCACAUCGGUUUUGCAAGCCAUUGAUGUGUUUAUGCAACAGUCGGACGCCGUACUUUCCUCAAUGGUCGUCGCUGAAAAGAAUAAAGAUAUCAGUAGUGAUUUGUCAUUGGUCGACUGCGUUGCCAGUAUUUUGGAAAUUAAGGACAUUGCAAGUAUAUCAGAUCAAACACCAUUCGUCAGUUUGGGCAUGGAUUCGUUGAUUAGUGCGGAUAUUAAGCAGAGAUUAGAACGAAAUUAUGAUAUAUUUUUGAGCGAGACAGAAAUUUCACAAUUAACAUUCGGAAAACUAAAAGCCAUGGCUGAGACGAAGUGAAUGUUUUACAAAUAUUUGAUACAGUCAAGAAAAGUUGUGUUUGGUCUACUACGUGUGUUCCAUUUCAUCAUAAAUUGUAUUUUUUUUAAAGUAACAAUUACAU